AUGAAUAACCUCCUAAAUAAAGCUAAUCAUUACCUGAAAAAGCUAUUGAAAACCCAGACAAUUCCAGCUCUCUCUUUUCUGACUUCUCUAUUUCCUUUACCCUCUUUUAUAUUUUCCCUCUUUCUCCUUUCUUUGACUUUGUCUUCAUUUCCCCCUUCACUUCAUUCAUUCUCCUUGCCUCAAAUCUGGCCCUCUAUUUCACUUUCAUGGACACUCACUCUAAUUCUAUACCUUCACUCUUUCUUUUCCAAAUGUUUUCUCUUUCUUCCUCUCUUCUACCAUUUUUAUCAUAUUCAUAUAGCAUUACUUUUCUUUCCUGCUUUUAGACUUCUCUUUUUCUCACUGUAUAUUGAUUCUUACUCUAUUUCUAUCUUCUUCCAUUACUUUAACUUUUAUCUCUCUUUCCAUUUAUACUCUUUCUUUCCCAACCCAAUUCUUUCUCUCCGUGUCUCUCAGUUUCUUUGUCUUUAUUCUUUGUUGUUCACUUCUUCGUUUUUUCUCUCAAAUUCUCUUUUCCACUUUUUUCUCAUUCACUCUUUAUGA